GCCAGCCCGACGGGAACAUCAUCAACACCACCACAGCUGCGCACAUCGUAGUCCGCGCCUAGUCGCUGCACACCACCACAUCCAGGCCACCUCAUUGGCCUUUCUCAUUCACGACCAGGCUCACGACCCCCUCAAUUGUGUGCAGGCACCAUGUCGGCCCAGUCGCCUAUGAUUUCCAUUCCCAAGAAGAGCACCGAAGACGUAGAUUGGACAACCCCAAUACGCAAUCUCAUUGCCAAGUCAUAUGGAGAAAGUCCAGACAACUAUGCUUCAGAAUGUCAAGCCCUCCAGCGGUGUCGUCAGGAUGCAGUCAAGGGCGCUGGCAGCGAUACAACCGCUCGUGAUUUGUUGUACAAGUACUUUGGCCAGCUCGAGCUCCUCGAGCUCAGGUUCUCCGAAAUCCGCGUCAACUUCCCAUGGAACGACGCAUUUACGAAUAAGCAGACCACCCAGACUUCCAUCGCAUACGAGAAGGCGUCCGUGCUCUUCCAGAUCGCGGCAACGCAGUCUGCGAUAGCGGCUGCACAGAACAGAUCAAGUCCGGAGGGUCUCAAGCUCGCUUUCUACUAUUUCCGCGCCUGCGCCGGUAUGCUCACGUAUAUCAACGAGAACUUCCUCCAUGCCCCUUCCACCGACCUCAGCCGCGAUGUCAUCAAGUUCCUGGUGGGCAUCAUAGUUGCACAGGCGACCGAGGUUUUCUUGGAGAAAGUGAUUGACGAGAAGAAGGCCCACACGCUGAUAUUCAAGAUCGCCUCUCAGACUGCGUACCUAUACACGUCGCUGACUGAGGAGGUCAAGGACUUCAUGGGCAAGGGCAUUUUUGACCGUAAUUGGGUGACGCUCCUUCAGAUCAAGUCCAAGCACUUUGGCUCGUUGGCGCAGUAUUACCGUGGCUUAGUGGACGAUAAAGCUGGCAACCACGGAGAAGCCCUUGUCCGUUUCACACUUGCUGAAUCAUUGGCCAAAGAAGCCAACCGGAACGCAACUUCCUUCAACGCGCUCUUUGUGCAUGGCGCACCAACGCUCCCUGCUGAUGCUGGCAAUGCUCUUCUCGAUCGCACCAAAGCGCAACUUGCGCUAUGCACCGAGCGCAAGAACGAGUCUACGCGCGAAAAUGACCUGAUUUACAAUGCUGUCCUUCCGUCUCAAGAAGCGCUUCCCGUAAUCGAGAAGGCAGCCGUCGCUACUCCUAUUUCCAUCCAGGAGGUAUACGGAACACCGGACGUGCAGAAGGUCAUCGGCCCGGACAUUUUCCUCAAGCUAAUUCCUCUCAGCGUGCACGAAAGCGCCAGCGUGUACUCGGAGGAGAAGGCGAAGCUCGUCCGCAGCGAGGUCGAGAACGCUGAGAGCGCCGACGUGGAGGUGCGCAGCGCCCUCGAGUCGAUGGGCGUGCAGGAGGGCCUCGCGCGCUUCAAGGCGAUCGCGGAGGGAGGGAUCGGCGCGCAGGAAGAGAUCCCGCUGGACGUGCGGCGGUGGCGGGAGGACAUUGGUGUCAUGGAGGACCGCGAGGGCGUCGACACGCUCAUGCAGGAGCUUGGCAAGCUCAAGGCUGGUGUCAAGGCCAAGCUUGACUCGAUCUCGCGCGACCUGGACACAGAGUCGCGUGACUGUGAGGCCAUGCGCGUCAAGUAUGAUCACUUGUGGACACAGGAGCCCUCUGCGUCGUUGACGAAGUCGAUUCGGUCGGAUUUGAAGUCACAUCUGACCGCGCUCGAGGCUGCUUCUUCGUCGGAUCAACAGGUCAACGCACUUUGGGAUUCUGUCAAAGGAGAUAUAGGCCUUCUGCUUUCCGAUGACCUGGAGGACGUAUUCAGGUCGAGUGCCCAGGGUGGUCCGCCAGCGGACAGCCUCUUGGACUUGGACCUGUCGAGCGAUACUUCGGAUGAGCGAGAACGCGCGAAGAUUAAGCAAUAUACGAACGAGAUUGAGGAGCGCCUGGGAAGGUUGAAGAAGAUACAGUACGAGCGGAACGAGGUCCUCAAGGACUUAAAGGAGAAGAUCCAAGCGGACGACGUAUCCCACUUGCUUUUGCUCAACAGGCGGAAUACAGGCAUCGAACCCACGUUAUUUGCCGCCGAGCUCGAGAAAUUCAAGCCAUAUCAGCAGCGGAUAGGUGCGACGUCUCAUCACCAGCAAAUUGCCUUGCAGGAGGUGGAAUCGCUUUGGAAGAGUCUGCGAGAUAUCGCAGGCCGAGGACCAGGGGCAAAGAAGUGGGAGGAGAGGGAGAAGCGUAAGAAAGAUGCCGUGAAGAGGUUUUCGCGGGCACGCGAUGGGUAUAUGGAAGUCAGAGACGGUUUAACCAAAGGACUUCAAUUUUACCAUCAACUCACGGAUCUCAGUGGGACGCUGAGCCGGAAUGCGAAAUCGUUCGUGAACGAAAGGCGCAGCGAACGCGACAAAUUGGUUGGCGAGGCCGAAGUCCAGCGGCGCUUGUCUGGUGGGCCACAGUCACCCCCGCCCCUGGCUGACAAGCCACCUGUCCCACCACCGCGCCCUCAAUCCAAUCUCGAGUCAUCCUUCGCCUCCAUGAGUCUGCAAGGACAUCGAGGACCUGUGUCACCGCCUCCGAGACCACCCCAAUCGCAGUACAUGGGUAGUCCGCCGCCUCCACCUCAAUCUCAAUCCUCGCGUCAAUCGUCAGAUUUCCAUCCACCCCAACAGCAGCCUCGCUCUCCGUACAGUCCAUCGGCACCAGCGCCGGACCCUUACGCAAGCCUCGGGGCAUUCGGUGGCGGCUCCCAAUCCCCAUAUGCUCCCUCCCCUGCUCAGAAUACAUCUUCCUCCGGGUCACAAUACGCGCAACCACAGAAACAGGGGUCGUUCCCUCCGCCUCCGCCCCCGCCAUCCCAGGCGCAGUACCAUCAUCAGCACAAUCACUCGCAGUCGUACGCACAGCCGCAACAAUACUCAUCGCCGUCACAAUAUGCGCCGCCUGCUAACAGCGGGUUCCCACCACCUCCACCGCCGAACCGGUAUUCAAUGCCCCCACCUCCCCAGCAGCAGCCAUCGCAGGGAUACCCGGGCAUGCCGCCGCCGCCGCCUCAGCCCUCGCAGGGAUACAACCCGGGCUACUAUCAAGGCUACGGGCGGUAGGGAGUCGGUUUGUGAGAUCACCAUGGGUGUAGUGCGCCGUGUACUCUUAGAGCAGAAUGUUGUAAACCAGGAAAUUGUCGGGCAUCUGGAAUGGAUGGAUGGAUGUAUAGUUCCGGUGACUUUCUAUAGGUAAAUUAUGAAAUGACACGAAUGACAGGACAAACGAGAUACGGCGGGAGUUCCUGUCGAGCCCGCAGGCGUAAGAUAUCAGCGAGGAGGUUACGAUGAGUCGCCCCCGUAGAGUAUCUUCCUGCUCCAUUCCGCUGCCUGCUGCUCCCACCGGCCUGCGCUGGCAAAUAGCUUCGCGACCUCGUCGUUCCACCGCGACUCGACGAGGGACGCGAAUGGGCGUUCUCUCACGUGCGUGGAGGCGGGUGGCGGGGUGGGGACGUAUGUAGAGGCGUUGUUCAGCCUCUCGGUGAGUAUGGCCAUACU